AUGGGAUCAUCAAGAGAUAACGAUCAAAUCGUGGAAUUCGAGGAUGAUGAAGUGGAGGAGAGUAUGGCUCGUACAAGGCUCAGCCUAAUUGGAAGAUUAUUCAUGGACAACAUGCCGACUCCUUUGCUCCAACGCAUUGUCAACAAUCUGUGGAGAUGCAGUGCUCUUGUGGCGGUUCUGGAAGCUGACAUGGGGCUAUUUCAAUUCCUGUUCAAAGACAAAAAUGACCUUAAUCGUGUGCUGCAGCGGGCACCAUGGAUCAUCAAAGAUCAUGUCCUCAUGCUGAUGGAGUGGGCUCCAGUGACAGAGCAGUUGUUCCACAGGCUGGCAUGGGUUCCUUUCUGGGCUCAACUGUGGGCGAUUCCGCCUCAAUGCAGAACUGUUAAACUGGGAAGGAGACUUGUUGCCAAGCUAGGAGAGGAAAUUGAUACUGGUCUGUAUGGUACUCGUGGGGACCUGGGAUACUUCAUCAAGUCAAGGGUGAGAAUCAACAUCAAGCUCUCACUCCGCACUAGACUCACGGCUAGCAAUCCAAGGCUCGGGGAAUUUAGAGUCGUGCUAAAGUAUGAACGACUACCGAUGUUCUGCUUCAAAUGUGGGAGAAUUGGCCAUGGGGAAAGGAUCUGCUCUUUCCCUCGUCACCAAGGUAAUGAAGUGUAUGGACCUGAGCUGUCUACCGAUCCUCUGGGCUUUAGACUGGAUGAAAAUACCAUGCUUCUGAUGAGAGUAGUAUGGCUGAAUCCGAACCAGCUGGAUGAAGUUAUGGCUGAGGUGGAGCAACUGGAUUUGGCUCCUAACAAUGAAGUGCACCCUGAGGAAGAGGUAACCUUAAUCCUGUAG